AUGACUACUCUGGACAAAGCACUAGCUGAAUAUGCCCGUGGUGAACACAGGAGCAUUGACCUGAUUCUCAAUGAAAUCAAGACUGCAAAAAAUUUCCCUCCGGCGCAUCAGUGUUUCUUCCCUGAAUGCCUCCGCCUAGUUGAUGAGUUACCCGAUGAUCUCAUUCUUGUAAUCGCAAAUUUGUUUCUGACAGAAAGGCAGUGGUUCACUUUAGAACCGGGGCUGGUCGAUCAGUGCAUCUCUCUGCUCACUUGCAUUUCCCUGCGCAAUUCUUCAGUUCUCAACCAACUUCUGAUGUCAGCCUGUAGUCUUCUGUUUUCAGUGGAUAGCCAUUUAGACAAUGAAGACACACAUCGUUUUCCAUCGCAAUAUUUUGAAGUUGCCGCUAAGUGUCUUCGUGAAUUAGUCCUUGCGAUACCUCAAGCGGAGGGUCAGCUUUUGGAAAUUCUCAAAAUGUCAUUUCCCAGCUGGAGGCGUCCCAGUAAGGAAGUGUUUAUAUCUUGUUGCAAUUUAUUUACUUUAAGCCGUUGGGCGUUACAACAUCGUUUCCUCAAGGAGACUUCGAUUUCAGCUCUACUCGACUUGGUAUUCAUGCAGCUUAUUGAUCUAGAAGCCCACGUUGAUUUGACUGAUUAUUCGAUCCAGAAUUCGGUACUUGCCACACAUGACGACCUCCUUGAAACGUCGUCCUUUGAGAAAAAUGUACUUCAGGUGCUGGAAGUACUUUGCUUAUCCGACUGUAACGAGCGUUCAAAGGUUGAAAUUAUGGUCUGGCUGAGUAUUAUGUACUUGCAGCUUAUGUUUGACGCCCGGCCCGACUCCCAGGUUCCUGCAAAAAUGAACAAAAAGGAUUGGAGCCAGCUAUGCUCAAUUUUUCGCUGCAUGAGAACCAGAUUCUUUCAGUAUGUGCUUCCUGUUCAAAAUUAUUUCACGGCCUUCCCUCUCCUUCUUGCUGUUUUGUGCAGUCUUCGCCCCGGAGUCGCUGUGAGCUAUGCGGAAAGCCUUUGGAAUUUCGUUAGGGACGUUCGACAGCCUACAGAAUCCCGUGUCAGAUGCGUUGCCUAUCUCUCAGAUACUCUUGCGCGUUCGAACUAUGAAUCGCCCGAAGUCCUAUUGGAGUUACUUCACGACAUGACCUCUUGGUGUGUGGAGUACACUUACUUCCAACGAGGUCGUGUAUUUGAACGACCAUCUCAAAUGUCCGCUGAACAUAGUCUGUUUUACACUGUUUUUGAGGCUGUUGUCUAUCUUUUGACAUAUCGCCAGGCAGACAUACUUGGAACACGGUCUAGUCGCGAGUCCUGUGUCCUACUCCCACUAGGUCAACUUAUUAACUCACCUUUUCGACCGCUGAGCCACGUUAGGACAGAACUGAGGACGAUUUUUUGUGCUACCGCAUCAGUUCACAAGUUCAACUGGGCCAUUUUUGUGCCACAUGAAGUAUUAUUGCCUAGGGUUGACGAAGACAACGCGGACGUUUCUAAUACCACUUUGGAGUUCUACACCAUUCCCUCGUUUGUUUGUCCCCUCCAGAGGUCACUUUGUACAAUAUCCUUUGCGUCUUUCCUCCAUCUGCGCGGCUUCACGCCCAGCCGAAGACUCAAAAAAACAUAUUCGGGCAAGACAAGCGUCGACUCAAGGCCCCCGUCAAAGCAAAUGAAAUUGCAGGCCAGCCACUUUAAUUUACAAGCUCUCACGAGGCUAGAAAAGUAGUAUUAUUUUCUAAAGUUUGUACAUUUCUGAUUUUGUAAAUAUUUUUGGUUAAUAUACGUAAUUCCAUUGGAUUUAAAGCCGUCUACGCUUGAGCUUCCUAUUCCGAAGUCGGGGGCUAGGGGGGGUCGAAUACACGAGGACCUUGGCUAGCCGAGCUUGCCUACUUUUCCACUGGCGACAGUAGUUCUAUUUUUCUUGUCGCAACGGCUUUCUCUUGUCAGCCAUCGUUAGUGGAUAUGCGUAGUGUACUGUGUAAAGUUUGGUUGAGAAAGUGAACCUUCGAUCGAGCUUAUUUCGAGGUCGUGUAGGUGACGUUUAUGAGAUGUUCGCGGUGCCUAUGAUGUUACAUUGUUUUACUCUAUUUCGAACUUAUCCAUUGUCAGCUGUAAGACGUAAGCUCUUUUAUCCCCUGUUUAUGCCGGUUUGUUGCAAUAAACCUAGGUACUGGCCACCCGGCGCGUUCACAGAUGGGGGUUACUGGAACGGCCUUGAGCGAGGGUUAGCUGCGAAAUAAACGGACUCUCGGGUCUGGUGAAUAAGCAGUCACGGACCAACAGCGAUAGUGCUACCAGGGUGCGGUGGACUGAGGUUGGGCUCGCCGAAACCCUUAUGAAAAUGCUGCGAAGUCCGAUGAUGGCACUGUGACAUAUUCGGACGUAAGCCUCCAUUAAAGAAGUCAGCUUGCCGCGUGUACCUUCAGCCAAAGCGCUAGAGAGAACAAACAAUCUGGGCAGGCGUUGGAGACCCGCGUGUACUCAUAAUUCCUAUAGAACCUCGUGAAAACAUGUCCGCCCCUAGUUCACCUGUCAAGAACGCUGUUCGACUGUUGCAGUCUCUCCACCGUGCUCGUAGUCUUGUAAAUGGUCGCGCUUAACUGCAGCUGCAAAGUUGGUCGCUUAUAUAAAUCUUGCCAGUUACUGCAUCGAAGAGGAUCGGAAAGCUAAGCAGAUGCUGUGUAAAACCGACACAGUUUUCCGAUUUACGCCAUUGUUUUGUCGUAGGCACCACCGCAGACUUGACUGGUUGCCGUCAAAAUUAUUCGAGGAAAUUAGCGGCCUUCACAACGCUCCCGGACAAUAG